AUGAUCACUAUUAUCUCAAUUGUUCAUUCCGUAUCGAUCAAAAGAAAGUUAUAAUCGCUAAACUGAGCUUACCGGAAAUUCAAGUAAGUAUGUCAAACAAAACUCGAUCAUCAAUUUCUGGAAAUAAUCCAAAUAAAAUUUAUCAGCCAGAGGUUGGCUUACGCCAAUAUGCCAUCGAGCAUAAAAUGGAUCCUGAAAAAAUUUUGAUCAUUACUGAGGCUGAGAAAAAAAGGUGGGAUGGAGAAUGUUUUCGUGAGGACUUGGAGAGGGAUAUACGGUUCUAUCGUGGUGGAAUAGAGAGGAAGGAAGAUCCUAGAAAAUACCGUGAAUUUUUAACAGAUCGGGAUAGGCUAGUCGGUGAAGAGUUAUUGCGUCGCGGUAUAGUAAAGAGUGGUUUAAGUACUGCAUGGCUUGAUGAUCUGAUGAAAGAAUGGGAAGAAAUCUAUACUCAAUUCGUACAAAUUUUUAACUAG